UUGUGGUGUGUGUGCUGUCUCUCUAAGCUUCAGUGCACAUCUCUGUUCUGUGGAGUGACUGUGUGUGUGUAUGUGUGUGUGUGAUUCCAGGUGCUAGCCUGUCGGACGGAUCCAGUGAGCCCCUUGGCGUGUGUGUGUGUGUGUGUGUGUGCUCUCGUUUCCUCCCCAGCUCAGACCCCUGCUCUUGCCCCCGUGUGUGUGUGUGUGUGUGUGUGAGUGAGCAUGGCGCAGCUGGGCUCCGAGGCGGAGGGUGUGUGUGUGUUGUCGGUGCUGGCGCUGCUGGAGAGAGUGUCCGGCGUGCUGGAGGGCGUCCAGAGCAGUCAGGCCCGCAUGGCCGACCAGCAGGGGGCGCUAGAGGAACAGGUGGCCGCCAUGCGCGAGCAGGUGUCAGCGCUGGGCAGUGAGCACGCUCAGACGGCCGCCACGGUCCAGAAGCUGCUGCAGAAGUCUCGGCGGGUCAGUGCGCACGUGAAGGAGGUGAAGACCAGGGUGGACAAGCAGAACACGCGCGUCAGGAAGGUCGAGACCUCGCAGGACGAACUGCUCACACGAAACCGCUUCAGGGUCGUCAUCUACCAAGGGGACACUGAGUUGCCGUCGGUGGCGGUGCUGAAGGUUCCGAAGGGGGCGGGUGCGUCGGCGUUGGAGGUGGAGCCUGACGAGUACGAGGCCCCGGGGGACCUGUCGUCGGACGACGACUACGUGACGGCGGAGGAGGUGGAGUCCACACGUGUGUCACGCCUGAGGGCGGGGCUUCUGGCCACACGCCAGCGCACCAGCGAGAACCUGCGUCGCACGGGCGCCACGCUGCGCCAGGGAGGAGCCACGCUGGGGGGGCGUGUCCGGGGGCUGGGCCAGCGCGUGGUGCCCACUAGCGAGCAGCGGCAGCGCAUGCGGCAGAGUGGGCAGCGCCUACGCCAGUCCAUCGCCCAGAAGGCCCCAAACAUCCGCCUGCGCCCGACACCGCGCUCCGUGGCCGAGGGGGAGGAGGGCGGGGCCGAGGGAGACUCCGCCCACGCCGUCGCCACGCCCCCCAAGAGCAAGCGCAAGCAGGAAGUGACGGAGCGCGAGCGCCAGGGUCCGCUGUCUGAGGAGGGCGCCACCAGCGUGCCGCUGGACGCCUGAACGGUCACCAUGGAGACGGCCACAGAGGAGGGAGGAGCUUGCUGCCAUCUGUCGGAGAGAGAGAGAGAGAGAGGGAGGGAGGAGAGAGAGAGAGAGAGAGGGGGAGAGAGGGAGUUAGAGAUAAAGAGAGAUAUGAAGUGACAUCAUGUGACGUGACUACUGUUAGGAUUGAGGAGGAGAGAGAGAGGAAGUGACAUCAUGUGAGGAGGAGGAGACGCCUGACUCUGUAUCCGGCUCAUCUGAUCUGACUCAGAGUCUGGCGCCAUCUGCUGCUCCUGUAUGGCACAUGCAGUAGUGAACGGUGUGUGUGUGUGUGUGUGUGUGUGUGUGUGUGUGUGUGUAUCCUAGGUUAAAGAGUUGUAGUGCUUAUUUAUGCUAUUAUGCUAAAGACACAAAAUGAAAUGUAUUUCAAAUAGCCAUAGAAUAACAUAUACACUAGUGUUUAAUAAGAAUACUAAAUACAGUAAUAAGAAGAAUAUAUCACUAGUGGUUAAGAAGAAUAAUAUAUAUCUGACUGUGGUCUGAAGUCACUGCAUGCUCUGCACUUUUUUCUUCUAUAUGCUUUUUCAUACAAUAAAAAGUUAUCACAAAAACAAAUAAAAUCAGUAAAUAUA